UUUAGAAGACUAGAUUGCACUAAAUAUAUCAAUCACGUUCUUGCAUCCCUUCUCUCUGUCAAAAGCCUUGUCGGAAUCCUUUCUCAUCCCAUAAAACUUUCAGUUUCCAAUUACGGUAAAAAUACUAAAAAUGAGAAGAGGGAAAUUCAAUUCGUAACUGCAUCAAGGUAUCCACACUGACAUGGAGGCUCCAAUAAAAUGUGCGUUAUACUUCAGAACCACUUGUUCUCUCAGCUUCAAAUGCUUCUCUAGUUUGUUUCAUCUCAUCUAUUUGCGCUUUAAUUGAAACUUACUAGAAAAUCUGGUGUGGACUAUUCGGCUUGUGCGGUUGUUCGUGAUCAUCUAUGUAUUGUUUGUUUGCUGGAAAAAGUGCCAGUGAGAAAUACAAAACAUAAAACCAAAACAGACAUGGAAUGACGUCUAAGGUGUUCAUUUCAAACUUCUGCGUGAUUGUGGAAUGGUAAAUGGAAGUGGUUUUGAAGUCUUCCGUUUACAGUGUUGGCCUCAGUAUAAACACUAUUCUCAAUGGGUGGAUGCUUAGUUAGCUGAUAGUGUUCAGCACAGAAAAGAAAGAAUGGAAGACCUUCCAUCUGGUUUAAUUGUUGGGAUUUCCAUUGGGGUGGUGAUUGGAGUAAUUUUGGCUGUACUGGCACUUUUGUGCCAUAGAGUACACAGGAGACACCCUCAUAUAGGGAAUAGCAGCUCCAGGAGAGCUGUUACAAUCCCAAUUCGUAAAAAUGCUGCUGAUGCUUGUACAGUAUUGUCAGAUUCCUCUGUUGGGACUGAAACGCCAAAAACUCCUAUCCAAUAUGGGACGUCGAUGUGGUUUGGGAGCGUUAGAAAGUCAAACAUGGUAUCUGCAACUGGGAUUCUCGAGUACUCAUACAAGGAUUUACAAAAAGCAACUUGCAAUUUUUCCACAUUGAUUGGGCAAGGGGCAUAUGGUCCUGUAUACAAAGCUCAGAUGCCAACUGGUGAUACUGUUGCUGUUAAAGUGCUUGGAACAGAUUCUACACAAGGAAAAAAAGAGUUUCACACAGAGGUCAUGCUACUUGGAAGGUUGCAUCAUAGGAACCUUGUGAAUUUGAUUGGAUAUUGUGCUGAGAAGGGUCAAUACAUGCUUAUCUAUGUCUACAUGAGUAGAGGUAGCUUGUCUUCACAUUUGUAUGAUGAAGUAUUGGAGCCGUUGAGUUGGGAUUUGAGGGUUCACAUUGCCCUUGAUGUAGCAAGAGGUUUGGAGUAUCUUCAUGACGGUGCAGUCCCUUCUGUAAUACACCGAGAUAUAAAAUCUUCCAAUAUUUUGUUAGACGAAUCCAUGGGGGCCAGGGUUGCAGACUUUGGUCUGUCAAUGGAAGAGAGGGUUAACAAACAUGCUUCUAACAUACGGGGAACAUUUGGAUAUCUGGAUCCUGAAUAUAUAUCAACAAGGACAUUCACCAAAAAGAGUGAUGUGUACAGCUUUGGGGUAUUACUCUUUGAACUUGUUGCUGCAAGAAAUCCUUUUCAGGGCCUUUUAGAGCAUGUUGAAGUAGCUGCUAUGACAACAGAUGGUAAGAGCGGAUGGGAAGAGAUAGUGGACUCCCGUCUUAAUGGGAAGUAUAAUGUUCAGGAACUUAAUGAUGUGUCAACCCUUGCAUACAAAUGCCUCAACUCUUUACCCAAGAAAAGGCCUUCCAUGAGAGAGAUUGUGCAAGUUCUGGCUCGGGUAAUCGAAUCCAGACGUAGUUUGCAGCAUCACAAGCAGUUAUCUGCAACACCAGAAGAGGUUAGCAUCAGUGUAGACCAGCUACAUCGGCGGAGUCCAAUCUCUAGACACCGGCGUGUUCAAUCUGCGGAUAGCACUACUGAAUCGUGUUAGAUUUAAUGACUACAGUUUCCCAGUUCAACUCCAAUAUCUUCCUCUUUUCUCAUUACGUUUUGUGAUAUAAGUUUGACAUAGGAUCUAGAAAUUAGGCAAUUACAACAGUCUAAGACAUCUCUAUACACUUUUGCUCUUGCUUUUCUUUUCUGUGUUUCUAGUUAAAUUAGAAGAAGCCAAUAUGGGAAGCUGGACAAGUCAUAAGUGACGUUGUUGAGUCCUUGGUAUGAGGUUCAAGUUCAUUAAGCUUUGGGCCGCCUUUCUGGAAAUUGUUUUUUUUUUUUGCAAAGAUCUGGAAAUUGCUAUACACUAUGUUCUACAUUUUUUUUACUUUCCCAGCUAUAUGGGCAUGGCAAUCACAGAA